AUGGCAAAUGGGGCUGAGGGAGGGCAUAUUUUCUGGACGAAGGGCGACGUCGUGGGCACGGACACGGAGCGGCUCAUCCUCGCGCUCCUGGUUGCCUCGGCGACGCUGCAGUGCCGCGCCAAGGAGUGGCAGGACGCCGUGCUCGCGGACGCGGCCGCCGCCGCCGUCGACCUGCCGUUCCGCCCGCCGCAGUCCUGGCAAGGCGAGCGGCAGUGGGUGCCCGGCUACUUCAGGGACUUGACGUCGAAUAUUACCUGGCCGCGCGCCUGCGCGGUCGCCAAGGCGGCGGCCGUCGUCGACCUGCCGGGCAAGGCCUCCGUGCCGAUCGACCCGUACCACGUGAGGAGGUACGCGUUCCACCUCUACGACGGGGCGAAGGCGCUCAUGGGCCCCGGCGGCAAGUCCCUCAAGAAGGGCGCGUCGCUGCGGCGCAACUACCUGCAGCCCGCCGUCGCGCGCCUCUUCGCGGACCACGCGGGCCUCCUCCAGCAGGCGCUCGAGGACUCGAAGCCCUCCGACGCGACGCCGGCCGUCGCGCGGUCGAAGAAGCCGCGGAUCUGCGACAUCACCAACGUUGCGGAGCGCGAGACAAAGCGCGCGAACACGGCGGAGAAGCGCGCGGCCGCCGCGCGGCGCUCCGAGGAGAAGGCGAUCAAGUCGAAGGAGUCGCUCGAGCGGCGCUUCGAGAAGGAGGUCCAGGAGCGCGUGGAGAAGUGCAUCCCCGAGCUCAAGGCCGCGGAGAAGUCGCGACUCGAGGGCGUCAUCGCGGCGUUGGAGGAGCAGGUCGACGCCGUCCGCGCGCGGCUCCUCGCGGAGCACAAGCUCGCGAUGGCGCCGAAGCCCAGCGACCUCAAGAAGGCCCAGAAGCAGCGCGCCGACGCGAACCGCGAGUCCAAGAAGCUCGCCGUCGAGCUGGACAAGGAGAUCUCCAAGAACGAGGCGUCGGCGGCCGCCGCGGAGCCGUCGCAGGCCCAGCCCUGGGUCCCGGGCGUCGAGAGCUCCCGGGGCAUGCCCUUCGACGUCGACACGCGCCUGCUGGUCCACAACCUGCUCACGAAGAACGUCUUCCCGGCCGAGAUGGGCGACAUCAUCGCGGCGGUCGCGGACGCGAUCCUGGGGAAGAGCCACCCCGCGGCCCUCCUGAAGAUGCGGCUCCCGAGCGCCGAGUGCAUCAAGCGCAUGCGCUACGAGGUCGGCCCGCUCAACGACAUCAUCACGGCGCAGGCCCUGGGCAAGGCGAAGCGCGUCGCGUGCCACGGCGCCGACGGGUCGCCGAUCGACGGCGACGACUUCUGCGGGAACGUCGCGCGGCUCGAGAACCAGGACGGCUUCCUCGAGGACUGGGCGCUCGGCAUCCACCAGGUCCUCGACAAGACGGCCAAGGGCGAGGCCCAGGCCAUCAAGGAGGAGGUCUACGACAAGCUCGCGGCAGCGGCCGAGUCCUUCAAGCAGGCCGUCGCGGUCGAGUUCGGCGACGACGCCGCCAAGGACGUGGCGGACCCGUCGAUGGUCGAGAUCACGCGGCUGGUGGGCUCUGUCGCCAUGUCCGACAACGCGUCGACGGCGACGGCGACGUCCCGGGAGAUCGGCGUGCUCGUCCAGCGGGCCGUCGUCGCCAAGCUGGGCCCCGACGUGGUCGAGAAGAUGACGCCCGCUGCGAUCCUCGAGGCGACGGCUACGUUCUGGGGCACCUGCGAGCGCCACUUGCACAACACGUUCCUCGACGGCGCCGUCAAGAAGGAGAAGAAGCUCCUCGAGUCGCUGUACGCGGACAAGAUCGCGGCGAUGCCCGCCGACCAGCGGCCCACGCUCGACCUGACGGUCAUCUGCCGCGCCGUCGCCAAGGCCUUCGGCACGGGCCAGAACCUCUACGGGAAGACGCUCGUGGAGACCGACUGGCUGCCCUUCGUCGCCGCGGAGUGCAAGGGCAAGUACAUGCCCGCGUUCAAGAGGACGGACCGCGGCGUCCGCCAGGACGACUUGACGACCUCGGCGCGGCGGGUCUGGUGGCUCCGGCCGGAGAUCGUGCGCUGCCUGCGCCAGAACGCGGAGAAGAGCGAGAACUUGCUCCGGUCGCACCUCGCGAUGGAGCUCAGCUCGAAGCCCAUCGUCGCGGGGCUCUACGCGCGCACGCUCUUGGACGAGCGCUUCACGCAGCCCUGGACAUUCUUUGCGGCGUCGGAGGAGCUGGACUGGGACCUGACGGACAUGUGCAAGGUCCACGAGGCGACGCUCGCGGCGUGCCAGAUCCCGCGGUCGCAGUGGCCGCAGACCUGGCUGAACCCCGACUGGGACCCCUACGCGGUCUUGAUGAACGUGCCGGCGUACCGGGAGUGGCGCAGGCGCUACCUCGCCAGGAAGGGCGUCGCGGAGCAGCGCGCGGAGAUCUUCACGCCCAAGGACCAGACGAACAUCGACGCGCAGGAGGAGAUGAUGGAUUUUUUGGAGGCUCUCCUCGAGGGCGUCAAGGGGACGAUGCUCGGGGGCGAGGCGACGCGGCGCCUCGGCGACGGCGACCUGGCGAAGCCGACGCGCGCGACCAAGGCCGCGUUCAAGGGCGUCUGGCGGACGACGAACCGGCUCGAGUCGCUCUUCGCCGUGAUGAAGGCCUACAAGCGCAUCUUCGACAACCUCCCGUCGUCGCUCGCGGCGGACAUCGCGUGCGCCAAGGUGAACCACAUCCACGGCCGCUCGGCGGGCAAGUACGUCGGGCAGCGGAAGAGCCGGCCGCGGAAACGCGCGGGCCAGCCGCGCCCCGAGCCCGUGAUGAAGAAGCCGAAGGCGGCGCCCCAGGGGCGGGCCUACACCACAAUGACCGAGCGCGAGCGCGCCGCCGCGGUCAAGGAGAGCCGGCGCCGCGGCCCCGCGCGACGCGCGGAGUGCAAAGCUCGCGAGGCCAAGGGCCGCGAGCUCCAGCGGGAGAAGACAAAGGCGGCCCAGGAGAAGGCGCGCGCCGCGGUGGCGGACAAGUACGCCAAGGCGGCGUCGAGCUACGAUGUCGAGCCCGUCGUCGCGGACGCGGACCUGUCGCGGACCACGCCGGCGGGCGCUCGGCGCCUGGUCUCGGCCGCGUUGGAGAACCUGAGCAAGGGCAAGCAGCACGACUACCUCAAGGCCCAGAUCAGCCGCAUCUACUCGGGCAUGGGCCACGUGGACCUGAAGCCCAAGUCCUGGACCUCCGAGAAGGACGCGUCGAUCGGGAGCAAGGGCUCGCCGGAGAACAUCGCGUUCCUCGAGGACCAGCUGCUGCACGCGCUCAAGAUCUUGAAGGAGGAGAAGCGGUCGCUCGCGAAGAACGUGCCCGCCAUCGCGGCGGCCCGCGGCGAGACGAUCGGCGAGCCCACGGCCCAGCGCGCGGCGCUCGACGAGGAAGAGCAGAAGCGCCGGCGCGAUCUUGCGGAAGCGGACUGCUUCUACGCCGUGCGCACGGGCAACGUGCCGCUGACGGAGAAGCUCCUCGACGCGGGCCAGUGCACGGUGACGACGACGCGCUGGAGCGGCGUGACGCUCCUGCACCGGGCCGCCGGCGAGGGCCAGACGGAGUGCAUCCAGCUCUUGAUUCGCCACGGCGCGAACCCGGCGGCCGUGACGCACCGGGGCCUCGACACGCCCCUGCACCUGGCCAUGGGCGCGGGCCACGAGUCCGCCGCGGAGGCGCUCCUCUGGGGCGGCAGCCCCUGGCACAAGGAGAACGGCGCGAAGCGCACGCCCAUGCAGCACGCCGUCGAAUUGGGAUUCGCGUUGAUGGCGCGGCGCCUCGAGGUCGCCUAUUUUCGCAUCGACGCGAAGCUGAGGAAACGCAGGGAGCAGGACGCGCUCGCCGCCGCCGCGCCCGUCGUCGCGGGCUACGAGAAGCCCCUCGUCGCCGCGCCGGGCCAGGCCAAGGCCGCGGCCCACCGCGCGCGCUUCAAGACGCUCUUCUCCCAGGUCCACGACUCCCUCGCCGCGAAGCGGUUCCGGAAGACCGUCAUGCGGCGGCGCGAGCCGAAGCCGUCGCCGGCGAACCCGGCGACGACGCUCACGGACAAGGAGCGCAAGUGGAUCCGCCAGGCGCGCAAGGCCGAGUCUCCCGAGGACAAGGCCGCGCGCGACGCGGCCAUCGACGCGUGGACCGCCGACCCGGGCGACGAGGCGAAGCGCGCCGAGGCCGUCAAGGCCUUCGCGUUGCGCAUGGAGGGCAUCCCGGACGACGACGAGCUCGAGCUUUAUAACUGCACCUCUUCGGCGCGCGUCGCAGCACCCGCAAUGGAGCAGGACGACGACGCCGUCAUCGAGGAGGUGGUCGACGUGCGCCUGCCCAUCGAGGACGACGAGGGCGAAUGGACGGGCUCCGACGACGGCAUGGACGUCGACGGCGCGCCGCCGCCGGUCACGUCCGACGAGCAGAUGCGCGCCGCGGGCUUCGUGACCUGCCCGGCGGGCUGCGGCGCGUGGCUCGAGCCGCGCGCGGACUGGAUGACGGGCGUCCCCGAGCUCGACCGGACCGCGCCGCGCGGCGCGAUCACCGUCGGCGACGACGGCUCGGCGCUGAGCCACGCGCACGUGCUGCACCGCGCGACGUGGCGCUUCCGCUGCGCCUGCGGCGCGACGUUCUGCGCCGCGUGCCGGGAGACGCCCUACCACGACGGCCGCACCUGCGAGGAGCACCGCGCGCCGAAAUGCACGUUCUGCGGCGACGUCGUCGUGUCGUCGGACGCGCCCUGGACGGCGCGCUCGUCGACGCGGGCCAUGCGGCGCUACCUCCGGGAGCGGGGGCUCCUGGAACCCACCAUCAACGAGAAGCGGGACCUCGUCGACCUCUGCGAGCGCGCGCGCGGCGCCUGCGGCGCCUGCGGCCCGGGCCUCGCGAAACGCUGCGCGAAGAAGCUCGCGUGCGGCCACUUCUGCGGCGGCCUCGCGGGCGAGGCGGUGUGCCCGGCGACCUGCGCCGCGUGCGACGGCCUCGACUGCCUCUACUGCGGCGAGGCGCUCCGGGCCUCGCCGGAGAUCGAACUCGACUGCGGGCAUAGGGUGCACCUCAGCUGCGCGGCCGAGGCGCUCGACCGCGGCUUCCCGGGGCCCGAGAUCUCCUUCGGCCACGUCACCUGCCCGGCGCGCGACGGUCCUCUGCGCCACGACGCGCUCCUCGCGCGCCUCGCGCUCGCCGACGGCCUCAAGGCGUCCGCCACGUGGUUCUUCUACGAGUGCGGCGACUGCGGCCGGGCCUUCGUCGGCGGCGCGCGCGCGUGCGGCGCGAUGGCCGAGGGCGAGGGCCCGGGCGCGACGCGGCGCUGCGGCGCGUGCCAGGUCGUCGGCAGGGGCUGCGCCCGGGGCCACGGCGACGCCGCGAUCGCGUGGAAGUGCCGCUACUGCUGCGCGGAGGCGUCGUUUUUUUGCUUCGGCACGACGUCGUUCUGUUCCUCAUGCCACGGCGCCGCGAACCGGGGCGCGCUCGACGCGGACCGCGCGCCGUGCCGCGGGCCGCGACACUGCCCGCUCGGCGUCAAGCACCCGCCCCACGGCGUCGAGUUCUCCCUGGGCUGCUCGCUCUGCCGCUCCGAGGGCAACAAGCCGGCGAAGCAGCGCCGGACGUCGUUCUUCGACUCCGUGUCCCGGGCCGCGGACGACGCGUACCGAUCCGCGCGCGACGCGUUCCGGUAA